CUUUUAAAGAAAUGCGGACGGCAUCAUUUCUCUUGGGCUAUUUUCCCUUUGUAUAUAUAAGGAGACCAGCAAACCAUCUGUUCGCAAGAAAAGAAGAGAAACGGAGCAAUGAGUACAGAGGAAGAACAACAAUUUGUCUCUUGGAAGCGCAGAAAUGAGCAAGAAUUUGAGGACUAUCAAACUUCUUUUCGCAAAGAAAUGAUUCGAGAGGCUGCAGGAGGUCAAUCUUCUGAAGGUGUUCAAGAUUCUUCUUCAGUGACUGAAAGAAAAAUAUUGGAGGGACUCUAUGAAAAUAUGAAAGAUAGCACGAACCCUACUAUGCAAGUGGACUCGACUCAUAUCAGAGAAAAUAGGGAAGCAUAUGUGAAAUUUCAAGAAGAGAUAGAAAAAGAGAAGGCUGAGGAAGAAGAUGGGUACCAGAAUGUGCAAGAAAAUAUAGGGGAAGAGGAGCAAGAACAACCGAGUGAGGUUAAACGUGUGAAAAUGGCAAGACGAGGAGACAAAUUUGAUGAACCGGAGGAUAUUCCGUCACCUCCACCUUCGCAGAAUUACUGAUGAUGAAAUAGUAAACUCAAUCCUCUGCCUUUGGGAAAAGAAACAAAAUACUUAUUAAACUCAAUCCUCUGCCUUUGGGAAAAGAAACAAAAUACAACUCAAUAAGUUUCUAUCAGUGCAAUAAAUUUCCUACCUUAUUA